UAAACCAAAGAACGAAAAGAACGUAAUAAUACCGGUAUUUUUUGUAUGAAGAAUAAACCGGUUCCGAGCCUUGCUCAAGAAAGUCUUAAACGGCUAAGGUUUUCUUUAAAGCGUAUAAAUACCUUUGACGUCAGUUUUGUUCUACUUUCCUCUAUUAAAAAGUCUCUUUGCUAGCCUACCACUCUAGCCUCCACCGAUGGAGAGCUGCCAGAUUCGUGAAUCAAUAUCUUAGAUCAAGCUAAGUUAGCGGCGAUUUUGAUACCACGGACUGGGCAAGUGUUAUUUUAAACUCCAUACUUCUAUGCAGUUCUAUUUACAUUAAUCACCUCAACACUUGCACAGUCUGUGCUGUCAAAAACGCUGCCAAGUUAGCUUGGUCUAACUCUAUACGCCCUUUUUGCCUCAAACAGAUCUUGGCUGUCAUUAAUGUCAUUAUACAUAUCUAUGGAAAACAUUAAUCUGAUUUUCAAAUGACCCCACUUCAACAUUUCAUUCGAUCGAUAUCGAUUAAAAACUAAGAUUGCCUUGGUCCACAGCCGAAGUAAAUAUUAUUAUUUCUUAUUGUUUUUCGUUCCAAUCCAUCAAAUGUUUAACGAUAUUUUUAAUUGACUAGUUAUGGCGCGAACUAAUACGUUCUUUUUAUUAAUGAUCGUCAGCUCAAUAUGUUUUUCUCUGGUUACCUCAUUAAAGCAGAGACAUAGAAACCCGAGGAAAACUAAUCAAAAUCCAUACCACCCAGAAGAUGAGAAACUUACGGAGCUCUUAGAUUUCUCCUCAGAAGACAGUGACUACUUCGUCGACAGGUUCGGUCAACUCAGCGAGGAAGAGACGACAAUAAUCGACAAGAAACUAAAAAUAAACGGACGGCAUUUUAAUUUGCAGAAGCAUGACAUUGUGGAACGUUUAAAACUAAAAAGGAGGAAACAUCAUUGAAUAA